AUGGACUACACUAUUCUCCUCUUCACUGGAGGUGAUGAUCUCGAAGAAGACGGCAACGCCCUAGAAUACUACUUUACACAUGAUUCUCCUGAUUCCUUAAAGGACAUCGUAGCAUCUUGCAAAAAUCGUUGCGUACUUUUUGAUAACAAGACUGAGUGUGAAUCAAAAAAAUGUGAACAAAUGGGGAAGUUGAUGGAGAUGGUGAAUGAGGUAAGGAAGGUAAAUGGAGGACAACCUUACAUGCAUGACUUAUGUUCUAGUAUGACAGUUGAAACAAAGUUAAAAGAGGUUAAGACCAAACUUGAAAAACAAUUGCAAGAGGAUGAAAAGGAUGCAAGAAUUAUAGGUGAAAAGAGAGGGGAAGAGAAUGUAAAGGAAAAAAGUAGGAACCUUGAAAAUCAAUUGGCAAAAGCAAGAGAAGAAAGAGUAAAUGCAGAGAAUAGAACACAAGAGAUUCAACGGCAAUAUAAUGAUGAAAUUAGGAGGCUCAGUCACCAACUACAAAGCGCACUUCAAUGA